AUGCCCUUCGAAUCUGCAAGUUCCGACGAAGAAGUCACUGAUGAUGAGGUGGAUUCAAACGUCUGGAGUGAAAUAGAAUCUGAAUCUGAUGGUGGAUUUGUGGAAGAUCAUGGAAUUGUUGAACAAGUAACGCCAACUUUUGAAGAUGGUACAAUCAAUCCUAUCGAUUGCUAUCGACAUUUUAUCACUGAUGAGGUUAUAAGCCUUAUGGUUCGCGAAACUAAUAGAUAUGCAGAACAAUACUUACUAACACAUAAACCUAACAAACGAUCGAAAAAUCUUCAAUGGGAACCAAAUACUAACGAAUAA